AGAUUAACCUUUCCCUUCGAGGUGUCCUACAAGGCUACAACACGCAAGAUAUGACUUCCUUUUGCUACCCACAGAGAACAUAAAUACAAACCGACCCCUUUCUCCCCUUUUUCCACCAUUUCUCUUCACAUCUGUCCCUCCACCGAACCGCCAUUAACAAAGGGCCAAUAUCUACAUGUCACAUGCUUCUCAGACCUCACCACCCAACAUCAACUCUUGCAAGGAUUUAUCCUCUAACAGAGUGAGAUUGUGUUGAUAACUCCAGCUUCACCAUUGGUAUUUAUAGCCUCAAGCCAUUUGCAUAGGUGGGUCACACUCUUCUAAGUGGCAGGGUGUUAGUUUUCAUUGUUGAAGGACUUAUAUUGCGAUUUCAACUUGAAGCUCUGUUUUCCCCCUGUUAUAUAUAUAUAUGGGCUGAGGUAUAUAUUUAUGGGAGGUGCAGAGGAUGCUGAACCACCAUCCAAACGUGUGAAAGUAUCCUCUGGGAAACCAGGAGAUCUUUCAAACGGCACAUUUCCUAGAGAUCCUGCAAGUUGCUCAUUGAAUGACUUGAUGGCUCGCCCCCUGGUUUGUCAAGGGGACGAUGAGGUUGUUGGUACAAAAGGGGUCAUCAAGAAAGUUGAAUUUGUGCGAAUUUUAGCUGAGGCAUUAUAUUCUCUUGGUUAUAACAAAACUGGGGCACAUCUAGAAGAAGAGUCUGGGAUACCUUUGCAAUCUGCUGUGGUAAAGUUAUUUAUGCAGCAAGUCCUUGAUGGUAAAUGGGAUGAAAGUGUAGCCACAUUACGUAAAAUCGGUCUAGUGGAUGAAAAGGUUGUUCAAUUGGCAUCAUUUCUGAUAUUGGAACAGAAGUUUUUUGAACUGUUGGAUGAAAAAAAAGUCAUGGAUGCUUUGAAGACAUUGAGCACUGAGAUUGGACCUCUUUGCAUAAACACUGAUAGAGUCCGUGAGCUUUCUUUGUGCAUUUUAUCACCUUUGCAGCAGGUUCGUGCUGUGGUGUCAGGUCAAGUUGUUGUGAGAGCAAAGCCACGAAGAAAGCUACUAGAGGAAUUGCAAAAAUUGCUUCCCCCAACAGUUAUAAUUCCUGAACAAAGAUUGAUACGUCUUGUUGAACAGGCUCUUGACUUGCAACUAGAUGCUUGUAGGUUUCACAACUCUUUGGUAGGUGAGAUGUCUUUGCUCACUGAUCAUCAGUGCGGAAGGGAUCAAAUUCCUUCUCAAACUUUGCAGAUAUUACGAAAUCACAGUGAUGAAGUAUGGUUCUUGCAGUUCUCCCAUGAUGGAAAAUACUUAGCCUCGUCAGCUGCUGAUUGUUCAGUGAUUAUAUGGGAGGUGAAAUUGGAUGGUUUGUUCUGCAUGAAGCACCAGUUUUCUGGUCACCAGAAACCUGUCUCCUAUAUGUCAUGGAGUCCUGAUGACCAUCAGCUUCUCACUUGUGGAGUAGAGGAAGUUGUCAGACGGUGGGAUAUUGAAUCAGGUGAAUGUACACAUAUUUAUGAGAAAAAUGGUCUUGGUCUGAUCUCAUGUGGAUGGGCUCCUGAUGGCAAAAGGAUAUUAUGCGGUGUUACGGACAAGAGCAUUAGCAUGUGGGAUCUGGAAGGGAAAGAGUUGGAGUGUUGGAAAGGCCAUCGAACUAUUAGAAUAUCUGACUUGGGGAUAACUAGUGAUGGGCAGCAUAUAGUCUCUGUUUGCAAAGAUAAUAUGAUAUUACUAUUUGGAUGGGAAUCAAAAGCAGAGAAAGUAAUUCAGGAGGAUCAAACAAUAACUUCAUUUGUAUUGUCCAUGGACAGUAAGUAUUUAUUGGUUAGUCUUUGGAAUCAAGAAAUCCAUCUGUGGAAUAUAGAGGGAACUGUAAAGCUCAUAUCCAAAUAUAAAGGGCAUAAACGUUCACGCUUUGUUGUAAGGUCUUGCUUUGGCGGACUGGGUCAAGCAUUUGUUGCCAGUGGAAGUGAGGACUCACAGGUUUAUAUAUGGCAUAGAAGCUCAGGAGAACUCAUUGAGACAUUGGCUGGACAUUCUGGUACAGUAAACUGUGUUAGCUGGAACCCAGCAAAUCCUCAUAUGUUGGCAUCUGCAAGUGAUGAUCAUACUAUUCGCAUAUGGGGCAUGAAUCAAGUAAACAUGAAACACUAUGACACAGUUAGUAAUGGCGUGCAUUACUGCAAUGGCGGAACUUAGAAGUCUCGGGGGCAUACACUGGUGCAAUGUAAUGUUACUAGAUAGAUACCUUUUCUUAACCAUUGCUUUCUAUGUAUAUUCUUUUACAUCAAGGUCAAGCUUAACAUUUAUGACAAGCAGGAAUGUGAAAUUUACAUUCAGUCCAGCAAUAAAUCAUGCACUCUAGUUUCUUUUAUUGA